UCUUCUUCCAUUCACAGUCCUUUCAUGCGUUGGCGCAACAAUGGCAUGACCAUGUAGUAAUGCGUGCAUUCUUCAUAGUAAGAGAAGAGAUGGGGUGUAGCAUUGUGCAUUGUUCAUAGUAAGAGAAGAGAUGGGCAGGUUCAUGGCAGAGCUCCUCCUCUUACUUGCUCUCGUCGCCAGCAACAGCUGGCACGGAGCAGUCGUCGGGCUACAUGGACACGGCGUCGCCGACGACAAGGCCUCCGUGGUCAUGCCAAAACACGACAUCUCCCUCGCCAGCUUCACCGACAAGAGCAGCAGUUACCUCGGCCUCAUCGGCGGCCUCGCCAACCUGCCGUUGGGGCGGAACACCAUGGUGUAUGCCGCCCCGGUGCUCUCCGCCUACGACCUGGCUGCCGACGCCAAGCCGGUCAAGCGGGCGCUGGCCAUGGGAGCUUUGGUCGACUUCGCACACGAGAAAGCCAAGAACACCGUCGGUGCCGUCACCUCAAAUGAAGGUAAACCAGGUGAUAAAUCAAGGCUUGUGCCGGGAAAAAGGACUAUCUGCAGCUGCAAAGAGACCUUCGAUGACACACUAGUGCUCGCCGGGAAGCCCACUACCUUAAGUGAGCAGCCUAUCCGCAAAGGAAAAGCCUCGCAGUACUUGUCCCUUCUUCAUGGCAGCAAGCAAGUCCUGACAGCUAGGGACAAGCAGGGUUCUGCGUAUGGCGUGAUGACAGGAUCAGCUGGGAUGAUAUAUGAAGCUGUGUUGACUGCCUUUGCAGCAGCUGCCAUAAUCGCGUGUGGGUGCUGGGGCAUUGUGACCCGUACAUCUCUCAGCCAGAAAGAACGCACGGUUCUUGUGCUUGUCCUCAUUCUCUCCUCCAUGACGCACGUAGGCUGCGUGGAUGACGGCGACGAUGACGACUACGAGGAUCCCGAUCCCAAUCCCCCUGUACAAGGAGGAGGAGCAGGAAACAAUCCCCAGCCUGGAGCAGCACCCACGCAGAUAGAAGGUUUAGUGAAUGUAGCCGUGGACUUCCACAUGAGUGAUGAAGCUGGCGGUGCGCUGUUUCUCAUCCAGUAUGAAGAGCAGAUGGGAGAUAAUACGGAGCCAAUUACAGGGGGGCACUAUAUUACUCCUCCAGAAGUUGCAAAGCCGCUCAGGUGGAUCACUGUGGGGUUGCCACUGCCAGAUACACAGGUAUUUGCUAGCUUAUUGGUCAGAGGGGACAAGGGGUACAAUAUGGGCUUCAUAAAUGGAUACGGACUCGCCUGCUGCACCUCAGACGCCAAAGGAGACAAGGUUUUCCCGUUCGAUGUGGAAGGCUGCGAGGACUUGGGGUUCGCCAGCGACUACCGUGGCCUCACUGAUACUCCAAAAGGGGAUAUUAAUGCAGCUCUGGAAAUAGAGAUUGGCCAGGAUGUGGCACUCAAGGCAGCAAGGGUUCUUGCGGAGUACGGGCAUAGCCAUCGUGCUAAGGAAUUAACAAGGCAGGCCAUGCGUGACCUCACAGUAAUGGUCUGUGAGGGUCCAAGAAUCAACCGUAUCGGGGAUAUAAUGAAACACAGAUGGACGACCAGAACCAGGCUUGUCAAGGAUGCUGUUAGACUCAUAUUCAAAUGGAAGCUCAUGUCCGUGCAUAAAUGUAUCGGGAAAGACAUGGUCGGCAAGGUCAAUGGAGGCUGGAAACUAAUAGCUAUUGGCAUAAAAACGCUGGUGGAUAUUGACCGCGAGCUGGGUAUGGUCAAGUACUCUCGGGCUUGUGAUAGGAUUAGGUUUCCAAGACAGAAUUGAUAACUCAAAAAUUGGACAUCAUUGACACCAGCAGCGAAAGAGUGGCUCACCAUUCUUCAGCGACUCCUCGCUCAUACGGAUAUCCUGUAGCAACGACUUUGGGGUUUGUUGUGCUGUGCCCCCAGCCAGAAUAAAUUUGAACUCCUCCCUCAUACGGAUAUCCUGUAGCAAUGACUUUGGGGUUUCUUGUGCUGUGCCCCCAGCCAGACUAAAUUUGAACU